GGAGAACAAGAACUGCUCAAUCAGCAACAAGCCGGUAUAUUAAACAUACAAGUUUACUAACGUCGCGAGAAAACCGAGGACCAAUGGGUAACUGGUAUGAGAACAUGAGCAGCCAACCACAGAAAAGCCUAUAGAAAGACUAGAGGAAACACAAACCUCGCAUGCUAGGAAAUCCCGAGCCAUGCUGAGAGUUAGAGCUGGACGAGUAGGCCUGUGUGCCGGGAGCGUGGUUCUGGGGCACACGCAGGACCAGACUGGCGGUUGUUUCUUAUUUGAUUGCAGUCUGCUCGAGAAGCAGCCACCAAACCCGGGGCAAGAUGCUGCCGUCGAUUCAUCUGGUUCUGAUCGGAUCCUCGCAGCUGCUUUCUCUCCUAAUGGGGGCUUUUUCGCAGUGACAGAUGACAGUAAACGAUUAGUGGUGUUCCGUACUCAGCCAUCGUGGGAGAAGGUCAGUGUGAGGUGGGUUUCUCGUCGCUGCACCGCUCUCACCUUCUCCGCGUCUGGAAAGCGCGUAUUGGUUGCGGAUAAGUCCGGCGAUGUCAUCUCUUUCUCGGUGACAGAGCCAAAUACAGCGGGGCGCCUGGAGCUGGGACAUCUCUCCAUGUUACUAGACGUGGUAGUGAGCCCUGAUGGUCGGCACAUAAUUACCGGGGACCGUGACGAGAAGAUCCGUGUGAGCCGCGUGGACGCCCCACAUGUAAUUAGCUCCUUCUGUCUGGGGCAUGAGGAGUUUGUGUCACAGCUGCUUCCAUUACCCGGUAACCGAAAGCUGCUUCUAUCGGGAUCAGGCGAUGGGUCUCUCCGAUUGUGGGAGUAUGAGACUGGGCGGCAAGUUCAGCGGUUGGACUUGAGCAGGGUCAGAGAGUCUGUGGAGGUUCAGGGCAAAACUACAUAUGCUGUAUCCAAAAUCAGCUGCAGUGGCUGCGGGGAACACGUAGCCGUUUUGUGUGACGGAUUGCCUGGGAUGUACCUGUUCCGUGUCCCCGGUGGCACGAGCCUGCUGCACGCGCAGUAUAUUGCGCUGUCCCGUGCACCCUGGGACCUGGAGUUUGACGAGUCUGCAACCCUGUGGCUGUUAACGGGUGUACAGGAGGAGCCGCUAAUACAGUACACGCUGACUGAAGGACUUUGGCAACCUGUUCAUGUGAAUGAUGGUUUAUUAGCAAUAUCUAAUGUGGUUAAAGAGAAUUGGAAACGUGCGGAAGACUCUGUGAAAGCAGAGAAUCGUUUUGAUGGUUUAUACAAAGUCGUAUUUGACAACAUGGCUACAUAUUUGCGCAAGAAGGAGGAUCGUCUGGAGAAAGAGAAACGCAAAGUAACAUCAAAGCUAGUAGAACCUGUUAGCAAAGUGCUAAAAACGAACUAAUAUACAGUACAAGUCUUGUUUGCGGUAUAAAAUGAGGUAUGCCAUGCAAGGCCUCCAAACAUAAAUGCUGAAUAAAGAACUUUAUUUUUUUCUCUCAAUAAUGCUGGUUCUGAUAAAUGACCUCUGUGAGAGUCAUCACCUCCUUGUUUUAUAUGAUCACAUAACUUGGCAUAGGUUUUUUCUUUUCCCCCUCUAUGAUUUUAUUAAAAAAAUAAUUCAUUUUUC